AUGGCUAUAGAGAGGUUUUUUCGAACCUCGGCUUCUCUAUCAUGCCGAAAAGGUUUCUACAACUGCCACCCUACUUUAUCUUCUUUCAUUCAUCGCCGAAACAUUGCUAGCAAACAUCCCAGCGACUUCAAGGCCCCAUCAUCGGAGGAACUUAUCGAGCUCCGCGAAAGAGUACAAGAGUUUACACGACGAGAAAUUCCCGAGGAAGUUGCGGCAAAGACAGACAAGUCCAAUGCCUUCCCAAAUAAUAUGUGGCAUCGACUUGGGAACGCUGGAUUCCUUGGUAUCACUGCUGAUGCGUGUUUUGGUGGCUUGAAUAUGGGUUACCAGGCCCAUUGUAUUGUGAUGGAAGAAUUAUCGAGAGCAUCAGGAUCUAUUGGUCUUAGUUAUGCCGCUCAUUCUCAGCUUUGCGUGAACCAGAUACAGCUAAAUGGAUCAACAGAACAAAAGAAAAAGUUCCUCCCUCAUCUAAUCGACGGGACGAAGAUUGGAGCCCUCGCAAUGUCUGAAAGCGGGGCAGGGAGUGAUGUCGUAAGUAUGAGGAUGGUCGCAACAGCUGUUGAUGGCGGUUAUCUCCUAAAUGGGACUAAAAUGUGGAUCACGAAUGGGCCCGAUGCUGAUAUUAUUGUAGUUUAUGCAAAGACAGCCCUGGAUUGUGGGUCAAAAGGAAUAAGUGCGUUUAUUGUGGAAAGCAGCUCCGAUGGAUUCAGUUGUGCCCGAAAACUUGACAAAAUGGGUAUGCGUGGAAGCAAUACUGGCGAGCUAGUGUUUGAAAAUGUGUUUGUCCCCAAAGAGAACUUACUCGGCAAGGAAAACCGAGGAGUCAAAGUCUUGAUGGAAGGGCUCGACUUGGAGCGGUUAGUUCUCAGCGCCGGUCCGCUUGGAAUUAUGCAGGCCGCGUUGGACGUUUGUCUGCCAUUCACGCAUCAGCGAAAGCAAUUUGGAAUCCCGAUUGCACACAACCAGCUUGUCCAAGCCAAGCUGGCAGAUAUGUAUACAAAGCUCCAGGCAGCCAAAUCAUACACCUAUUCUACGGCCAAAAAUGUAGAUGAGUUGCAGGAGAUUCGAACUCAAGACUGCGCAGGAGCAAUAUUGUAUGCUGCUGAGAGAGCAACAGAAUGUAGUUUGGAUUGCAUCCAGCUGCUAGGUGGCAUGGGAUAUGUGGAAGAAAUGCCUGCAUCACGGCUUCUGAGAGAUGCGAAACUAUAUGAAAUUGGUGCUGGGACAACAGAAAUACGCAAAAUAGUAAUUGGAAGAGCGUUCAACAAAGAGUAUAGCUGA